CGCAAAAUUGGAAAAAUUUUUGGCCAGUGCAGCUCCCUAUACAAGCAGAUGAAUGUUUGCCUAAAAGCUGAAAGAGAAAUCUUCAGAAAGAAAAACCACGAAAAGGCCAAAGAAAAGCAGGCGAAGAUCUUGGAAAAUCUGGAGGAGUUGAAGAAGAAUAGUUCCGAGUAAUAAAAAGAAAAUGGGUUCCACAGAACUCUUUGUUGCUCCACCCAUCGAGGACAGCUUUGAGAGGCCUGAAAAGAUCCUUAAUGUGACCGAAAGGUAUUACAGCCCUCGUUACGCACUGAACGCCAGCGGAAUUGAAGGCGAGGAUUUGUGCAUUUUGUUUCACUCAAACAAAAUCUGCUUGGUCACUCUGGCUCCAACGCAUCCUAUCCUUUUGCACAAAAAGAAAAUCGACAAGUUCAAUUUUGAGGUCUCAAGAAAUGUCGACCGACUCCAAAAUAAGGUUUCCGGCAAAGGAAAGCACGGCGCUCAAGUUCUUCAGCCGAGCUCCACAAUUUGCUUCAUCGAAUGCAGUGACGGAACAAGUUAUGCCAUUUGUAGUUGCUUGAACGGGAAACUUGUUGAAAUCAAUGAAAAGAUCAUCGACGAGCCUGAUUUGGUCAUCAGUCGCCCUUUGUCUGAGGGAUACUUGGCCAUCGUCUUACCCUCGAUUGCAAAUAGUCACAAGGCAAAGGACCAGCUUUUGUCUCAAGAAGGAUACGAAAAAGCCCGAGGCAUAAAGAGUUCAGAAAGUUUGUAAAUGCUAAUAAAAAAGUUAAUAAUUUAAAUUAUUAAUUAGUUUUUUAAUUGUGAA